GUGACAGUCAGUCUGGCCUCCGGAAGUAGACAGUCAGGAAGUGGAGGGGAAGGGGAGAGUGCGCACAAUAUUCCGCCUGUGACAGAGCGCCAGGCAUGCCAGAGUCCCGGUCACCAGUGGCCGCCUGAGAGCGGGACCCGGGGAAAGACGGACAGCAGGGGACGCCCGGACAGGGCACUCAUACCACGAUGUUGCUGAAUCUACAUCCCCUGGAGAACCUGAAGUCCUACAUCAGCAGCCGGCCCCCUCUGGUGGUGUUUAUGGUCAGUGUCAGUGGCAUGGCCAUAGCUUUCCUGACUCUUGGAUACUUCUUCAAAAUGAAAGAGAUCAAAUCACCUGAGAUGACAGAGGACUGGAACACCUUUCUCCUAAGAUUUAAUAAUCUGGACUUUUGUAUAUCUGAAAACGAAACACUGAAGCAUAUUCUUAAUGAUACCACCCCACCAGAGAGUACAGUCACAUCUGGCCAGUCUAGGUCCUCCACGCAGACCCCCCAGGCCCAGGAAGACACCGGACCCAUAAAUAUCUCUGUAGCCAUCACCCUGACUUUGGAUCCUCUAAAACCUUUUGGAGGCUAUUCUCGGAACAUCACACAUCUCAGCUCGACCAUUUUUGGUCAUCAAAUUGGACUUUCAGGCAGAGAGUACCACGAGGAAAUGAAUAUAACGUUCACUCUGCCGGCUGCCUGGAACUCUGAUGAAUGUAUCCUCCACGGGCACUGUGAGCAGGUGGUAUUUACCACUUGUAUGACUGUGACGGCAGUGAGCAGUGCAUUCCCAGUCACUGUACAACCACCUCACUGCAUUCCUGAAACGUACAGCAAUGCCACCGUGUGGUACAAAAUCUUCACUACUGCUCGAGACUCUGGCACCAAAUAUGCACAGGACUAUAACCCAUUCUGGUGUUAUAAGGGAGCCAUUGGGAAGGUGUACCAUGCAUUAAACCCUAAGCUCACAGUUAUUGUUCCAGAGGAUGACCGCUCCCUUAUUAAUCUGCACCUGAUGGACACCAGCUACUUCCUGUUCGUAAUGGUCAUCACUAUGUUCUGCUAUGCAGUCAUCAGAGGUCGACCAAGCAAGAUGAGACAAAACAACGCAGACUUCUGCCAAGAGAAGGUUGCUCUUUCUGAAGCAUAGCCACUUCUCCUGCACCAUCAGUAGAUAUGAACUGGAGUCAUUGCCUGUUGACCCCACCAGGAGAAUGUGUCCUUCUAUGGGGGAGGGAGGAACACACAACUUCGCAAUGUUGGUUUCUUCCAACCAAAGACAUUUCAAGUGCCUGUAAUUGAUUUGUACAUAUUUAUAAAUAGGUACAUUUAAAGAGGCUUGGUGCAAAUGUACUGCAUCGCAGGAACUUGUAUUUUAUUCCUCGUACCUGUGGACUAGCCGUCGUUUUCUCGUGUAGAUAUGUUUAGUGGCUGUGUAUAGUGGGCAGUAUGACUUGCGAUGAAUGAGAUCCAGAUCUCAAGCAAAACUGCACUUAUCUGUUUUUCAGUAUCUAGCGAAUUGAUCCAUUUGUUUGAAUCUAAGGAUGAAAUGUCGUUGCUGCAUGGAAAAGACCUUUAUUCUGUUAGCUGUAUGUCUACACGCAUUCAUUCUUCAUUACGCACCUGCUCUGGAGAGUCUGUAGAUCCAUUAAGUAAUCAAAUGUUGCUUUGAAUGUGAAGUCAUAAUCGUUACAUACAUAAUGGGCUUAUUUGUAACGCAUCUAUUUUGCAUUGUAGCUAUAGUGGGAGUAUCUUGAAAGGCGACAUUGGUAAAAUAAAGUAGAGCAGAGCCUUCCUUCGUGACUGCGGGAUCCUGCUUACUUGUACCGGAGGUGCAGUCCUUUACCAUGG